AUGGAUACUUGGAUGCAGUCGCUACUAGGAACUCGUGGUUUAUCUGCAUUAUGGCUUCUGUUGUUGCUAUCACCAACUGUUCUUGCUUCGUACAGUAUUGGCGUUGGAAGAGCUGACAGCACAGGACCGGCCGCAGAAAUUGUCUUCAUGGGAUAUGCAAAAAUAGAACAGAAAGGAAAUGGUCUCCAUCUCAGAACGUUUGCCAGAGCCUUCAUAAUUGACGAUGGCACGGAAAGGUUCGUGUUCGUCAGCGUGGAUAAUGCGAUGAUAAGCAACGACAUCCGACAAGAGGCAUUGCGAAAAUUGAAGACCCAAUUUGGUGACAUGUACACGGAAAAUAACGUGAUGAUUAGCGGCACGCAUACGCAUUCAGCCCCUGGUGGUUUCAUGGCGGACAUGCUUUUUGACUUGACUACAUUUGGCUUCGUCAGGGAAUCGUUCGACGCUGUCGUCAACGGCAUAACGAAUAGCAUCCAGCGUGCCCAUAAUGCUAUAACGCCCGGAAGGAUUUUCAUUAUUCACGGAAAAGUUUUGGACGCCAGCAUUAAUAGAAGUCCACAGGCGUAUCUUAAUAAUCCAAAGUCGGAAAGAGAAAAAUACGAGUAUGACGUAGACAAGACACUAACACAAAUGCAAUUCAUUGGUGCUGAUGAUAAGCCUUUAGGCGUCAUAAAUUGGUUCGCCGUGCAUCCAACUAGCAUGAACAACACCAACCGCUUGGUUUCCAGCGAUAACGUGGGCUAUGCUUCGAUACUCUUUGAGAAAACGAUGAAUAAUAACGCCACGAUUGGUAAAGGUCAAUUCGUAGCAGCCUUCGCCUCGACUAAUCUUGGCGAUGUUUCACCAAAUACACGCGGGCCAAAGUGUGAAUUCUCUGGACAUAACUGCUCCGACCAGUAUACAUGUCCCGGAAAGAAAGAAAUGUGCUUCUCCUCCGGUCCUGGAAAAGAUAUGUUCGAGAGUACGAGUAUUAUUGCACACAGAGUUUAUCAGGAAUCCAUACGUAAAACUAAAGUAAAAUUGGAAAGCGUGCACGUAAAUUUCACGGUCUUGGUAAGUAAGUUCAAGAGCUCGGGCAAAACGGCGUUACCAUACGGAACUGAACUUGUGGUUGCUCGAAUCGAGGUUGCCCGUUUCCUCGUGUACUGUUAA